UGAGCUUCUCUUUCCUUGCAAAUUGGGAUGGUAUACCAUGCGAACUGUGGCUCCUUGCCACUGCUCUCAAACCGCGUUGGAUGCACUAAAACCAGCGAUUCACACUUCAUUGACUCCUUUCCUGAAACUCGUUCGUGUCCGGUAUUAUUAGUGUAGUCGGGUUCAUAUUAGCAAUUUGCGCGCAUAUACUAUUUCGUUCUCAAUAUAAAGCGCGUGCUACAAUCCAUUUCGGGUAAAUAUGUAAUUCAAAUCCACCUCCAAGUGGUCAGUGGAUAUAUAGAGUGACAUUUGUUUCAUAAAUUAUUACGGAAUACGUAUCAUUUAUUUCCCCUGAAAAAAUGUCUCUUAUAGUAUCCGUAUUAUGUGCUUCCUUGCUUAUUGUGGUGGUUCUGUCAGCAGAAGUGAGCAGGUUGGAAGUUGAGGUAGAAGCCAUGAAAGCUUUCAAGAACUCCAUUCUUGAAGACCCUGUAGGUAAUCUUGUUGACUGGAUUGAUGCGGAGCACCAUUGCAACUGGACUGGAGUUGCAUGUGAUCCUUCCUCAAGACAAGUCUUGAACAUUUCACUGGUCGACAUGAAGCUAAGAGGACAAAUCUCUCCCUUCAUUGGAAACCUUUCCAGCCUCCAGGUUCUUGAUCUCACCCUUAAUUUCUUCAACGGAAGAAUCCCAUCCCAGUUGGGGCUAUGUUCAGAGCUUCUCCAGCUCAUUCUUUUUCAAAACCAACUUUCUGGCGAAAUCCCCUUUGAGCUAGGCAGACUUGGAAACCUUCAGGUUCUAGAUUUUGGGAAUAAUUUUCUUGAUGGAACCAUACCUUAUAGAUUAUUCAAUUCCACUUCCAUUUUACAGAUGAGCCUCAUAUUCAAUAACUUCACUGGGAAAAUACCCGAAAAUAUUGGUCAUUUAGUUCAGAUUGAGAUUUUUGUUGCCUAUGGUAACAACUUAGCUGGACCCAUACCCAAAUCCAUUGGGAUGCUGACAAAUUUGCAGGCUUUCGAUCUUAGCCAGAACCAAUUAUCGGGACCUUUACCUCCACAAAUAGGUAACAUGUCCAGUUUACGUUUUCUUCAGUUGCAUUUGAAUCUCCUUUCAGGGAAUAUCCCAUCUCAGAUUGGUUUCUGUAGGAAUCUAUCUAUUUUGAACAUGUACAACAAUCAGUUCACGGGCCUUAUUCCUCCUGAGAUGGGAAAUUUAGAAAAAUUGGAAAUUUUAAGGCUGUACAAGAAUCAGUUGAACUCCGCGAUUCCUGGAGAGUUAUUUAAAUUGAAACUAUUAACCGUUUUGGGGCUGUCUCAGAAUGAGUUAUCUGGGCACAUUCCUUCUGCUUUGGGAUCCUUACCAUCACUACAAGUUCUUACCCUUCACUCAAAUAGGUUCACUGGCCCUAUUCCUCCAUCCAUAACAAAGGUGACAACCUUAACAUAUCUCUCCCUUGGGUUCAAUUCUUUCUCAGGACCAAUCCCUUCGGACAUAGGAAUGCUAUACAAUUUGCUUAACCUUACGAUGAACGAUAACCUCUUGGAAGGGCCAAUUCCUUCCAGUAUCAUCAACUGUACAAGUCUGCAGACCAUAACUCUCACUAAUAACAGGAUCUCUGGAAGAAUUCCGCAAGGGUUGGGGCAGUUGGGGAAUCUCAGCUAUCUAUCUUUGGGGGGGAAUGAGCUCUCCGGUGAAAUCCCGGAUGACUUUUUCAACUGCAAAAUGCUUCAAGUUUUAGACUUAAGUCAGAAUAAUUUCAGUGGAAAGAUGAAACCAAACAUAGGGGGUCUAUUCAAUCUGCGUAUCCUAAGGGCGCGUGACAACUUGUUCAUUGGCGAUAUCCCGAGAGAGAUAGGAAAUUUGACGAAUCUGAGGGAUUUAGUGUUACAUAAAAAUGAGUUUUCAGGCAUUAUCCCGAUUGAGCUCUCGAAGCUCAAAAACCUGCAAGGGCUUACACUUUUUGACAAUGAGUUGGAAGGGCUUAUCCCCAAUAAACUCUUUGUAGAUCUUAUACAGCUCACAUAUCUCCAUUUGCAGAACAACAGAUUGGUAGGUCCGAUUCCAGAUUCUGUCACGAAACUUGAGUUUCUUUCUCAACUUGAUCUUAGCGGUAACAUGUUAAACGGGACAAUCCCGAAAAACAUGAUGCGCCUUAGCAGGCUCGUGAUGUUGGAUUUGUCACACAACAGUCUCACUGGAAAUCUUAAUCCUUCGUUCGUGGGAAGCAUGAAAGGUCUGCAAUUUUAUUUAAACCUGUCAAACAACUACUUGGAGGGGAAGAUUCCGGAGGAGAUCGGGAAGUUGGAAAUGGUUCAAGCAAUAGACUUGUCGAACAACAACUUUUCAGGAAGCAUCCCCAGUUCGUUAAAGAACUGCAGAAACUUAUUCUCUAUUGAGCUCUCCAGAAACAAUAUAUCUGGCAAGGUUCCGGAUGCUGUUUUCAGUGGAUUUAGCGAAAUCGUGAGCAUAAACCUAUCAUAUAACCAACUACACAACGAAAUUCCUGAAAGUUUAGCAAAAAUGCCCCAUCUUCAAUCUCUAGACCUUUCUCACAACAAUUUCAAUGGCACUAUUCCAGAAACCCUUGCCAAUAUCAGUACCUUAAAGCAUCUCAACCUUUCAUUCAACCAACUUGAAGGUCAUAUUCCAGGGACAGGUGCAUUUGUAAAUAUUAGCCCUACAGAUCUGGAUGGAAAUCCAUCUCUGUGUGGAGAACAGUUGCUCAAGCCUUGCAACCAUCUGAAUUCUCACAAAUUGUCAAGACGAAACAUGACCAUUCUCGCAGCUCUGGCUUCUAUUCUUGUUCUCAUUAUGCUGUCACUGGCAAUUUCUUUUCUGCUACACCAGCUCAUCUUUAAGCGCAAAGUUAAAGACAGUAAAAGCAAAGUUCCAGAAAUGACUGCUGCUUUGAGCCUCAAGAGAUAUACCAGAGAGGAACUGGGAACCGCCACUGAUUCAUUCAGUGAAGAUAACAUCAUAGGAUCCAGCAGUUUAAGCACCGUGUACAGAGGCGUGCUUGAGAAUGGACAGGUUGUGGCAAUUAAGAUACUGAACUUGAAGCAGUUUUCAGCAGAAUCGGACAAGUGUUGGGACAGAGAAGUCAAGACUCUAAGCCGACUGCGACACAGGAAUCUAGUCAGGGUUUGUGGUUAUGCGUGGGAGAGCCAGAAGAUGAAAGCAUUGGUUUUAGAGUACAUGGAGAAGGGGAACUUGGACAGAAUCAUACACAGUAGUGAUGACGACGAAUCUGGAAGAAUGGUGAUGACACUGUCAAAGAGGAUUGAGGUUUUGGUAUCGGUCGCACGCGGGUUGACGUACCUGCAUUCGGGUUAUGAUUUCCCCAUAGUUCACUGUGAUCUGAAGCCUUCUAAUAUUCUGCUGGACCGCCAUUUGAAUGCCCGGAUCAGCGAUUUUGGGACAGCUCGAAUGUUGGGAAUUCAUGAAAUCAGCAGCAGCAGCAGCAUUUCAUCCGCAUUUGAAGGAACAAUUGGAUACAUUGCACCGGAGUUUGCAUAUAUGAGGAAAGUAUCAACGAAAGUGGAUAUAUUCAGCUUCGGUAUUAUAGCCAUGGAGCUCAUGACAAAGAGAAGGCCAACUGGGCAUAUAGGGGAGGAUGAUCAUCAGCCAAUCACAUUGCGUCAACUUGUGAAGAAAGCCAUUGCUGAUAGCAGCAGCAGCAAGGGGUUAUUUCAGAUUCUUGAUCCUUAUCUAGCUGCAAAUGUUUCAAUGAAAAAGGAUGCAAUGCGAGAAAUUCUAGGCUUAGCUUUGUCUUGCACUUCAACAGACCCUGAAGAUCGGCCCGACAUGGAAGACGUUCAGUCAUCACUUUCAUGCCUAAGCAAAAUGGCACGAUAAUCAAUCUGCCAUGACUGCAUGCAGCAGUGAGAUUGCACGGAUAUAAGUUCAAUUACGAGUAUUUGUAAUAUCAUAUCCCAAGCAGAACAGCUAGCCUAGAGAGAU